AUGCCGUGCCUUCAAUCACCGUUACUGGCAGGUACAGGUGGUAAUGGCCAAUGGCUUCGCGCAGCUUCGGGCUCUUACGGGGUGGGGCUGGCAGACCCAGUCAAGGGGAUCGCCAUGGAGACGGAGCCAGACGAUCCCAUUGCAGAGCGAUACGAAUCACCAACCGCAAUGACGCUUGGCCUAAUCGUGUUUUCUUCCAGCUUUCUUGGGCUCUUUGUGGCUGCAGCAUUGGCAUCCCAUUCCAUGCUAGAGUUUCUGGCAGCGGCACUGCUUUGGCCAGCCUGCCUUCUAUGGCUGAACUGGUGCGUCCUGGUGCCAGGAAGGCAAAGGCAGAGGCAGAGGCGGCGAGGCGAGACAGUGCUGGGAUGUGUCGGGCUCUUUCUGGCCCCCGUCUGCGUGGAGGCGACACGGCGUGGGCCUGGGCGAAUCAUUGGAAUCUCGGAAUCCGCAGCGGCGAUCCUCUGCUCAGUGCGGGCGCUGCAGCUUUUGAUGCGCCUCGAAGCCGUCGAAGACGAGACCGACGAGGCGGGCGCAUGCUGCGGCGAGCCGCCGCAGGAGCCGCAAGAGCGUUCCCCUCCAGACACUCCCACUCCCGGCGGCCGGACACCGCGGACACCUGCCUGGGGACGGUGGCGACGCUUCUAUCAAAUGGCAUGUCUCAGUUGGCACGACAUGGACCGAGUGAAGGCACUCGACCCCAGGGAGCAUCGAAGGCACUACCAGAGCACGCUGAAGGAGCUACUCCUCGCAGCCUUGGGGCUUGCAGCCUGUGUGCUCGCCUUGCACAUCCUGCCCAGCAACGCAUUUGCCAACAUUGGCUUAGGCAUAUUCGGGGCUGGCAGCGUCGUGUUUGGGUUCUACACCUUUGAUCGCGGCUACUUGUUCCUCCUCUCUUACUUCAACAAGUUGAGUGUGCACUCCAUUUUCGGACCUGGUUUAUGGCAAUCCAGGACCAUCAAAGAUUUCUGGAGGCAGUGGAAUCUGCCUGUGCAAAGGAUGCUCCUCAAGGGCGUCUUUGUGCCCUUGCGAAACAUGGGCUACUCCAAAGGCUGCUGCGGGUUUUUGGUCUUCCUUGCCUCUGGGCUUGGGCACGCCUGGCCUUUUUGGUGUGUUGGAGCUCCGAGCUGGCAGACGGCCAUGAUGCUCCUGUUCUUCGUCACUCAAGUCAUCCCACUUCAGCUCGAGUCCAGAUUGCAGAUUCAAGGCCGAGCCUGGGUUUACACCGUUGAAGUGCUCCUGUCGCCUCUUUUCGUUUGGCCUUUGCUUCACGCCUUUGCAUAG